GGCGCUGACCCCUGCCCCGGAAGUGCUCGUCUUCUCGGAAGUUGUACCCGCAGCCGCUCGGUCUUUUUCCCCCGCCAUCUUGGGCCCUGCUCCCCGCACAAAAUGCCCGGCGAAGCGACAGAAACCGUCCCCGCCACCGAGCAGGAGCUGCCGCAGCCGCAGGCUGAGACAGCCUCAGCUGCCCUUGGAGCUGUCCCUGCUCCUGCCCCAGCGCCAGCUGUUCUUCCUGCUGCUCCUUCCCCACCUCUGGCUCCAUCUCCAGGCCCAGCUGGCCAGGCUCUCCCAGCAGAGCCCCCCAGCACUGCCUCGGCCCUUCCUGCCCCCCCGGGCCCCCUGUCCCCCCCUGUGGUCCCAGCUGCGGCCAUCCCUGUGUUCUCUGUCCACCCCCAGCUCCCUGCCCCAGCUCUGCAGGUACCAGUUGCCACUUUGCCUCCUCCAGCGCCACAGUCCCCAGUUGGUUUGGCAGCCCCAGGAUCUCCAGGGCCUGGCCCUGUUGGCCCCAUGUCUCCAGGGCUCCUGGCCACAGGGCCAGUGGCCCCCCUUUCCCCCACCUUGAGCCUUGGUUCUCCCCCUACACCUCUCCCCUCUCUGGUGACAGCUCCUCCAGCCCCACUGCCUGCCCCUGGGGCAGCCCCUGCUGCUCCCUGCAGCCCUGGGGCAGCCACAGCUGCUCUUCCACCCACCUCUUUCCUUCUCCCAGCGGCAGCCCCUGCUCUCCCGCCCGCUACCGCUGCCCCUUCCAAGACUGCAGGUUGUCCCCCAAGCCCAGGCUCUCCCCCUCUUCCCAUCACAGCCCCUCUCUGCCCUGUCCUGGCAUCACCAGUGCCGGUGUCUCCUGGCAGCCCUGCCUCCGCCCCACUGGCUUCUGCCUCUCCCCAAGCCCUGUCCCUCCUGGCCCCUCCAGUGCCAACUGGGAUGUCUCCUGGGAGUCCUGCUGCUGUUCCACAGGACCUGGCCUCUGCUGCUCCCAUCUCCCAGCUCCUUCCAGCUGCUACUGUUGCCAAGACCUGUCCCAUGGGCCCUGCCCCGGUGGCCCCUGUGGCUGUAGGUGGCCCAGUCCCUCCCUCUGUGGCCAGGACCCCUCCCGGGAGCCCAGACCCUCAGGCAGUGCCUGGCACUGUGGCAGCUUCUGUCACUCCUGCCCCAUCCAAACCCUCUCUGGGAGCUGCCCAGGUGCCACCCACAGCAGCAGCUCCCAGUGUGGCACCAGCAGUAGCCAGAGCAGCCCCAGUGAGUCCCAGCUCCCCGCUGGCAGCUCUGGCACCUGCUGCCCCCUUGGCCCCUGCCAGCUCCCUGCCUGUCACACCCAUGGUGGCAGCUCCGGUUGCUCCUCCUGUGGCCAAAUCCCCUCCCACGGGCCCCAUUAUUGCCCCAUCUUCUCCUGUCACAUCAGCAGCUCCAGCUGCUCCAGCAGCCAAAUCACCUCCUGUGAGCCCCUCUGCCCGUGCUGCACCAGCCGUGGCAGCUCUGGUGGCUCCGGCUACCCCUCCUGUGGCCAAACCACCUCCCGUGGGCCCUGUCACUGCCCCCUCAGCCCCUGUCACACCAGCCGUGGCAGCUCCAGCUGCUCCUGCCACAGCUAAAGCAGCUCCUGUGAGCCCAGUCGCUGCCCCAGCUGCCCCUGUCGUACCAGCCGUGACAGCUCCAGUGGCUUCAGCCACCUCUCCUGUGGCCAAACCACCUCCUGUGAGCCCUGGCUCUGGCUCCUCAGCCCCUGUCACACCAGCGGUGGCAGCUCCACCAGCUCCAGCUGCUCCUGCAGCCAAACUGGCUCCCACGACUCCGGUCACUGCCCCGUCUGCUCCCACUCCUGCUGCACCAGCUCUGGCUGCCCCCCCAGCCGCCGAAGCCGCUCCCAAGAGCCGCGGUGCUGCCCCCCCAAGCCCCGCCCCCCCCCGGUGCAGCCGUCCCCCCUGCAGCCAAAAAGCCAGCGAAGGGCAACCCGGUCGCUGCUGCAUCGGUGGCUCCGCUGGCUCUGGCUGCCCCCGCUGCGACGAGGCCACCUCCCAAGAGCCCUCCUGCAGCUCCACCAGCUCCCGCGGCUCCUGCAGCUGCAGCUGCUCCCCCAGCAGCCAAAGCAGCUCCCAGAAGCCCCCCUGCAGCUCCAGCACCCAGUGCACAGGCUCCUGUCCCAGCCCCAGGGGUUCCCAGUGGCCCCCCAAAGCCACCGGCUGAUCGAGCUGCCCCUGCUCCCCCAAAGCCAGAAGCCCCAGGGGGUGCCCCCCCACCCCCUGCCUCUGCUGCUCCCAGUGCUCCCCCUUCCAAGAAGCAGC